GGCCCUCGGGGCGGUAGCUGCGGCGACCGAGACGGCGGCCUCGUCGGGCCUGGGUCCGGGGUCGGGGUCUGGGGCGGCGGCGGGCGCGGCCAUGCUGCAGCUGCGGGACUCGGUGGACUCGGCCGGCACGAGCCCCACGGCGCUGCUGGCGGCCGGCGAGGAGGUCGGGGCGGGCGGCGCGGGCGGGGGGCGGCCGGGGGCGGGCACUCCGCUGCGCCAGACGCUGUGGCCGCUCAGCAUCCACGACCCCACGCGCCGCGCCCGCGUCAAGGAGUACUUCGUCUUCCGGCCCGGCACCAUCGAGCAGGCGGUGGAGGAGAUCGGCGUGGUGGUGCGGCCGGUGGAGGACGGCGACAUCCAGGGCGUGUGGCUGCUGACCGAGGUUGACCACUGGAACAACGAGAAGGAGCGGCUGGUGCUCAUCACAGACCAGGCACUGCUCAUCUGCAAGUACGACUUCAUCAGCCUUCAGUGCCAGCAGGUGGUCAGGGUCGCCUUAAACGCGGUGGACACCAUCUCCUGCGGAGAGUUCCAGUUUCCCCCCAAAUCGCUCAACAAGCGAGAAGGUUUUGGGAUCCGCAUUCAGUGGGACAAACAGAGCCGCCCUUCCUUCAUAAACAGAUGGAACCCCUGGUCCACCAACAUGCCCUAUGCCACGUUCAUAGAGCACCCCAUGGCUGGUGCGGAUGAGAAGACAGCGUCUCUGUGCCAACUGGAAAGUUUCAAAGCUCUGCUAAUCCAAGCUGUCAAGAAAGCCCAGAAAGAGAAUCCUUUGCCAGGACAAGCCAGUGGUGUGCUGGUCUUGGAUCGUCCCCUCCUCAUCGAGACCUACGUGGGACUCAUGUCCUUCAUUAACAACGAGGCUAAACUGGGCUAUUCCAUGACCAGAGGCAAAAUAGGCUUCUAGAUGGCGCCCAGAGGUAGACUUGGGGACGCGGGGCCUCAGACCCGGGCCAGCUCCGCUGCACCGGCAGAGUCGGGGCUGUUAACCUCUAGGGAUCUGAGUGUGAUUAGAAUAGUCGAACGCAUUCCCUGCUAUCCCUGGCUUUUGGAAGUCUGGUAAUAAGAGUCACAGACAAAAAAGCAAGGUGAAUCCA